UUUUUUUUUUUUUGCUGGGGACUUUUUGUCACAUCACUAUUAGUCACCCUUGCUCUCAUCAGACAGUUUUCCGUCCAUCUGUCUCCACCGCUGCUCAGUGUUGGUGUGUGACUCCGAUGGCCGUCAGCAUGACCAUGGGACGGGACACCAAAUGGCUGACCCUGGAAGUGUGUCGUGAGUUUCAGAGAGGUACCUGCUCACGGUCUGAUGCCGAGUGCAAGUUUGCCCACCCCUCCCGGAGCUGCCAUGUGGAGAAUGGCCGAGUCAUCGCCUGCUUUGACUCUCUCAAGGGGCGCUGCACUCGUGAGAACUGUAAAUACCUGCACCCACCUCCGCACCUGAAAACCCAGCUGGAGAUCAACGGGAGGAACAACCUGAUCCAGCAGAAGGCCGCGGCAGCCAUGUUGGCUCAACAGAUGCAAUUCAUGCUGCCUGGAGCACAGUUACAACCCAUAACUACAUUCCCAAUGACACACUCCCUGGCAACAAGUCCUAGUAUGGCAUUCAGUCCAUAUCUUAGCCACAUGGGCCCAGGCAUGGGCUUGAUGCCUGAGCUGCUGCCCAGUACUCCCCUGCUGGUCCCUGGGAGCCCCACCGGACUGGCAGCCAUGGGCAACGGCACCUCCGCACAAAAACAUGUGCGUACAGACAAGCUGGAGGUUUGUAGAGAAUUCCAGCGCGGUAACUGCACGAGGGGCGAGAGCGACUGCCGCUACGCUCACCCCCUGGAGGCUGGCAUGGUGGACUGCAGCGAGAACUCGGUCAUUGUCUGCAUGGACUACAUCAAGGGACGCUGCAGCCGAGACAAGUGCAAGUACUUCCAUCCCCCGGCUCACCUGCAGGCCCGGAUCAAGGCUGCACAGCACCAAGCCAGUCAAAACACAGCGUCUGCAGCCUUGGGUCUGCCUCCAGGUGCCAUGCAGCCGCUACCAAAGAGGCCGAUCAUGGAAAAGAGCAACGGAGCUGCUGCCACUGUCUUCAACCCCAGCAUGUUCCACUACCAGCAAGCCCUGGCUAACAUGCAGCUCCAGCAACCAGCCUUCAUCCCGACUGCACAUGAUGAUACACAGAGGCUAUCAACACUGAAACUCCAUUUUCAGAUGAUGUUACUGUAAAGAAAUAUUGGUAAGUGAAAUGCUUGAAGUCUGACAGACAUGAAUUAUUGAUAUGCCACAUGCCUAAAUUAUACAACAUAGAGGUCUGCAGCCAAAACACCCACAUACUGUACCUGCUCUGUGCUGAAGGGAGCGUAUACUGCAUACUCAUGCAUAUUUAGCUUUAUCUUUAUUCCUUGGUUUGCCGGCUUGGAUAUACCACUCCUACAAUAUCCUGAUCAAAGCCUCAACAUCUCGUCAGCACUCUUUGUGUAUGUGUUUUUGUGUGUCGGCACUAACGCUGUCAGCCUCAGUGUUGCUUGUGUUUCCUGUAUUAACCUGAACCUGCUGACUUGCCUUGACCCGCUGCUGCCAGUUACACCUCAUCACCUCGCUGUCCUUCUCGUCUGCUCUCAUCCAUUUAUUUUUCACACAUGUAGCUAUAAAUAAUGUGUCCGGCACACGGUGCCUUCAGGAGCCAUUGGUAGGUCAGCUAUAUGUGACAUAUAUGUGGUAGUGGACAGGAGCCUUUAUUUAAUGAUUGAUUGAUUUAUUGGAGGACAACAUAGUCGUACUGGUUGGCAUGUUUGAGCUAUAAUUCAUGUAUGUUUUACAGUACUGCCAACAGCUUUCCAAAGCUAUUGCAUAUUAGCAUUUUAAUGCAUUUCCCUGCCAUGUAGACAUCCAUUUGUCUUCAUAUAUACACCAGACAUUCCUGUGAUAGGUACUGUAUAACAAUGAAUAAUUAGUUUCCUUACUUUGUCAAAGCACAGUAGCUUUUGUAUUGAGACGAGAGGUGAUCUGAAGGAGGCAGCACAGCGUGAUCAUUAAUUCUUGCAGUCAAACGAAUAAGAAGAUCAGAUGUGCAAACACUCUCACUUUUAUAUCCAACAGAAACCUUUGUUCAGUAAUCAUUCGACAAUUUCCACCUAUCAGGAACAUGGCAACUCUGUCAGUAUCCUUUUGACUAGGUCCUGAACAGAAAACCAGGCCUUACUUGACUCAACGUGCUACUCAUCUACUAAUACAGGCUGUGGUCAUCUCACGACUUGAUUACUGUAACGCCCUCCUGACGGGCCUCCCAGCCUGCGAGGUGAAGCC